AUGUGCAGAGCUUUCCCUUCCACUCUAAAAGGAGCGGCACGACAGUGGUUCUCACGACUUCCCCCGCGCUCCCUUUCCAAUUUUACCGACCUUGGGCGGGUCUUCUUGGCCCACUUCAUGAGCAGCAGAGUUCACAAGAAGACAGCCAUGAAUCUCCUAGCCAUAAAGCAGUGCCCCGAUGAGUCCAUUAGGGGCUUUCUUACAAGAUUCAAUAAAGAAGCCUUAGAAGUACGAAACUUGGACCAGGUGGUGAAAUUCCAGGCAUUGCGCAAUGGCAUUCGUGAUGUCGAAUUGAAAAAGUCCUUGAUUAUGGAUGAGCCAGGGGAUAUAUAUGAGCUAUUCUCAUGCUGUGAGAAAUAUAUCAAUUUGGCCGAAGUCCUUGCGGCCGAGAAGGAAGAUAAACCUGAGAAGAAAGCCCAAGAAAAGAAGGACGAGUCCACCCGAGAAGCCGGUUCAAAGCACGAUCGAGAUAACAAGGACAAUAGGAGAAAGAAGGAUGAAAGAAAAGCCUAG